GAUGGACGCAAAAGGAUCACCUCCGACGCACUCGAUUACUUUCCCCGAGCAAAUAGUCACGUUUGAGAUGUCUACUUACGAGUGGUCCCAAAAUUUGGUGUGCGUUGCCCUUUUCGACAAACUGGUGCUCGGUAGCGUCCGGUUUUCGGAAGAGAAUGAAAAUGAAUGCUUCGAAUGGAACCAGCUGAAGGAAAUUCACCAUAAAAGCCGUCCUCACUGCGUAGCGUUGGCGCCGGAAACAUCGCUCGCCGUGAUACCGAAGAUGGUGGUGAUAGCCAGCGGUGGGUCAGAUUUUAAAGUUCGCAUCUUCAGCAGCGAUCUCGACGAACAGGACACCGUGCAGGUGCUGGCGGGACACCGGGCGUACGUUAACCACGUCAGCUGGGACCCGGAUGGCGAGUUUUUGGCAUCCUGCAGCGAUGACAACACGUGCGUCCUGUGGAAGUGCAAGGAAGCGUACGAGCAGGGGCCAAGUUUUUUCUUCGGUUCCUCGGUGCUCACGGCGAAGUGGCAUCCGGAAGAACCGGGACACCUGCUGAUAGCGGAAAAGUCAGGCGUCAUACAUUUGUACAAAGUGCAUCUGAAAACGGCCAUGCUGUCGAUCGAAACCGAUACCAAUCCGCUCAGCUACGCGGACUGGAGUUUGAACAACUCGGCCUCCGUUACGGCCAUGGCGCGUGGAAAUAUUUUUCUCUGGGAUCUCAAAAACUCCAGCUGGCCCACCGAGAACAAGCCGCUGCACGAUGAGUGCGGAAAUGUGGUGAAGUUUUCGCCUCACUCCGAAAACAUCAUCGCUACGAUCGGCAGGCCGAAGGCGACGCUGAAGGUAAUGCACGUGAAAAAUAAGCUGCCCCAAAUCGAAGCGAAGCUGUUGCUCUACGGUGGUCUCUGUUGGCACUAUCAAUUGCCGUAUGUUGUAGCGGGUUCGGAUAGAAAGUUAUGUUUCUGGAAGGUUUCGAUUUGAAAAUAA